CCACUAGCACACCACUUUCUAGCCACUAUCAUGUCACUCUAGCCACUAGCACACUGCUUUCUAGCCACUAUCAUGUCACUCUAGCCACUAGCACACCACUUUCUAGCCACUAUCAUGUCACUCUAGCCACUAGCACACUGCUUUCUAGCCACUAUCAUGUCACUCUAGCCACUAGCACACUGCUUUCUAGCCACUAUCAUGUCACUCUAGCCACUAGUACACCACUUUCCAGCAGCUAUCAUGUCACUCUAGCCACUAGCACACUGCUUUCCAGCAGCUAUCAUGACACUCUAGCCACUAGCACACCACUUUCCAGCAGCUAUCAUGUCACUCUAGCCACUAGUACACCACUUUCCAGCAGCUAUCAUGUCACUCUAGCCACUAGCACACUGCUUUCCAGCAGCUAUCAUGACACUCUAGCCACUAGCACACCACUUUCCAGCAGCUAUCAUGUCACUCUAGCCACUAGUACACCACUUUCCAGCAGCUAUCAUGACACUCUAGCCACUAGCACACCGCUUUCCAGCAGCUAUCAUGUCACUCUAGCCACUAGCACACCGCUUUCCAGCAGCUAUCAUGACACUCUAGCCACUAGCACACCGCUUUCCAGCAGCUAUCAUGUAACUCUAGCCACAAGCACACCGCUUUCACCGCCUCAGACUGUACGAGACCUCAUCUAAGGCCACCAUUAUUCCAGUUUGCUGCAGACUGUAAAGAUGGGGACAUAGACUAGGGCCUGUCAACCAAUCACAACGAUGGUGAACACACCCAUACCACACAGCCUCAAGUCUGAGGCCAAGAAGGCGGCCAAAAUCCUGCGAGAGUUCACCAUGCCAAGCGCCAGAGCUGGACCAGACAAACUCAUUCCUGCUGGUAUUCUUGCAAAGGCCAAGGGUCUGGCCAUACUGACCGUGGUGAAGGCGGGGUUCCUGGUGACGGCGAGAGGGGGUAGCGGGGUCGUCAUCGCUAAAUUGGAGGAUGCUGAUGAGGACUCCCACACCUGCGGUUGGUCCGCUCCCAGUGCAAUAGGAAUAGCGGGUCUUGGGGGAGGCUUCGAGAUCGGGGCCGAGGUGACAGACUUCGUCAUUAUCCUGAACAAGAAGUCUGCUGUCGAAGCCUUCUCCAAGGGAGGUAACUUGACCCUGGGUGGCAACUUCACGAUUGCAGCGGGGCCGCUAGGGCGCAACAUCGAGGGUGACGUCUCUCUGAGAAGCCCAGCAGCAAUGUACACAUACUCCAAGACCAAGGGAAUAUUUGCAGGCAUAUCGAUAGAGGGCAGCGGACUCAUUGAACGCAAGGAUGCCAACAGAAAGUUUUAUGGGCAAGACAUCCGAGCCUACCGCAUCUUGAUGGGGGAAGUAGAUCCCCCGGCGGAGUGUGACGCCUUGUAUGAGGUUCUCCGCACUCACCGGGAAGUCGCGGUCAGGGCGGCAAUGAAGAUGGCUAAGGAACAAGCAUGGAAACACAGGCACACGAUCAAAGAUGUGGUCACCACCGGCAUAGCACACAAGCUCAGUGCUUUCCGCUCGGGAGAAAAGGGAGAUAAGAGCGAGUCUACAGGUGACAGAUCGUCGCAUGUUUCGGCACAUGAUUCGGCACAUCAGUGGGCUCGCGAGUCGGCACAAGACUCAGCAUGGGAAACAGCAUCAUCUGACAAGAUGGACAAAUUUGCCCGGACCUAUUCAUCGAAAACUGUCACAACCAAAACCACUCAUGUUGUACGAACGGCGUCUACUGCAUCAGGCAAGGCACAACUCCGGCACUCCCCACCUAGUCUGCGUCACUCGCCACCUAGUCUGAGCAUCCGAAGUAGAGACAAACCUCCGAAGACAGAUGCAGUUGUCAAGUGGGACAACCUUGUUGCUGUAGCCGAGAUUCCAUUCCGAGGUCAGCUGUCAUGUGACCUCUCAUUCAAAACUGGAGACAGGAUAGAGAUUUUGACAAGGACGGACUCCCAGUUUGACUGGUGGGAGGGAAGUCUGCAGGACAAGGUCGGCAUCUUCCCUGCGAACUUCGUCCGAGUGCUGUAGGAGGCUGUGUUCCAGACACACAGAGUUCCCUAGACAACCAUACAUUCCCGCCUCUCACAGUCCCUGACAUGCAGCAACACGUGGCUGUCUCAUGCCAAGGGACGGGUCCAGGAAGAGUUGGGGGGAUUACGCACACGACACAAGAGUCACAAUAAACACAUGCUAGGUUGACACAUGGUGUCAAGGUGUCUGUAAAAAUGGAGGUGCAAAACUAAAUGACUAGUACACAUCUACACCAGGAACAGAGACUGUUGAGACUGUCUUCAGUCAAAAAGAAAAAAAAUGAGCAGCUAAGGGCUGGUCCGGUGACCUCAAACUUCGUUUGGCAAGGACUGAGACCUGUCUGACAAUUUUCAUUUUUUGGUCGGUAAAACACCCAAGUCUAAUGCCCAUUGUUUCAUCUACGAUCAAAAAUGAAAAUUGUCAUGUGGACUUUAAACUCGCCAGGCGGGUCGACCUUGACCCUCCAACCACGUUGGCAGUCGAACUUGACCUUACCCACCUUUUUCUCCAGGGGUUAAUGCGGCUCAUUUCAGGUCUGACUUGACUUGCAAAAACGUAUUUAAGAUCAAAAAUGAAAAUUGUCAUACUGACUUGAAACUCACCAGGUGGGUCGACCUUGACCCUCCAACCACGUUGGCAGUCGAACUUGACCUUUCCCACCUUUUUCUCCAGGGGUUAUGGGGCUUGUGCAAUGACUUGCAAAAAAACGUAUUUAAAAGUCCUUGUUUAAUGUGAAAUUUUGUAAAUUUGUAUGCCAAAACCACAGCUACUGUGAUGAUCAUAUUGAUAUUACAGCAUAAACCACAGAUUACAUUGUCAACCAAGGAAAUCAGAUUAUUUAUACAUGUAGAUAUAUUUGCAUUCUUGCAUAAGCAUUAAUCAUUUUUAAUUAUUCAUGAAAAGAUAUUUUUGAAAAUUGAGGUAUAACUCAAUCACAAUAUUUUACCCAGAAACAAUCAUAGUUCAUCUUUAUUUAAGCUUACACUGGGAUGUGAGUGAGUGAGUGAGUGAGCUAAGAUUUAAAGUCACAUCGGCAAUAUUUCAGCCAUAUCGUGACUAACACUGAUUUUCAGACUCAUAGCCAGUGAUUAUUUAUUCACUUUUUGUAAAACCCAUGGCAAAGUAAAUAUUGUCUAGUGUGUAUUAUACAACUCCGGGGAAAAUAAGCAGAAUAUUCAACAACACCUGACAUUUUUAAUGAAUGUAUUCAUGUUCUUCCAACUUCUAGAUGCCUAUCAAAGACUUCAGGAUAUUCGAGGUUUUCUACUAUUCUUUUUGUUGGAUCUGGGUAGAAUAGGUCUUCAGCAACCCUAAUCUCAUUAAAAUCAGACCUUAGUUCUCGCUUUGUUUAGCGGAAGGGAGGACUAAGAUCUGAUUUUAAUGAGAUUGUCAGCAACCCAUGCUUGUCG